UCCUUAUUUUCAUUCUCAUUAUUCGCUUUUUUGGCCUUAAGCUUCUUCUUGUCUAAAAAAUUGACAAGAUUAACAUAACAUUACAUUAAAAAUUGUAGAUAAAGUAUAGUUCAAAUUAACUGCACGCCAGAAUGCCCGUUAACCAGCAAGAGGUUCCGCCUGAGCUUGACAGCCAAACGGCCGAAGAGCAAGGCGAGGAGGAGGAGCUGCCGGAGGACGAGAACCGACUGGAAAAGUUCACAGUUAGGCUCAACGGGCAGCAUGACCUAGAGCAGCGUUUAAAGGACUUUAAGGCGGCCUGCGAGGCCCAUGAAAAGCAUGCUAGGCGACGAAAACGUAGGCGCUAUUACCACCUGGGCCUCGUGGCCAAGCUAGUGAAUGAAACCACCCAUGACGAGCUGCGUCGCAUGCUGGAGAAUGGAACUUACACCUUCCACGUCGAUACGGUCUCAAACAAGCCAGAUGAACUGACAGCUAUUUUGAACACAAUGAACAUUGCGAUCUCAGCGUAUUCUGCAGAAAGGGAACUCCGACUAACUACCGGACUGGCACUAGAGAUUAACGGAGAGUGCUGCCGCGUUGGCAGGUUGAGGAACAACUGCACCGUAAUUCUGGCCCGAGGCUCGGUGGUCACUCUCACCACUGAUGAAGCCUACCGCUACAAAGGCUAUAAGGAGAUUGUGUAUGUAAUCAAUCUGCAAGCUUAUCUUUCCUCAGUCCAGCUUGGUGACAUGUUGCUGAUUGGACGUGAAGUUAGGGGUCGUGUUGUUAAAACCCUUCGAGAGGCCUUGACCGUGAUGAUCAUUGAUGCAGGUCUAGUGGCUUCCUACGACUUUAUCGAGCUACCUAGACAGUGCCACGCUCUGAAUCCCGAAACCUACCCGGAUCUGUUUGUGAAGGACCUGGAAAUGGUCGCUUCAUUAAACGCCAAUUAUGUAGUUCUACCUAAAAUUCGAUGCAAGAGCUUUCUUCGGGUCGUGCGGCAGAAGUUGAACUCUGACUUCAACCUGAAGUUAAUCGGAAUGAUCGACUUCGAGUAUGUGCGCAGUAACAUGCUGGAUCUGCUUGGAAUCAUUAAGCUGGUGGAUUAUAUUUGGAUACCGGACAUGUUUAGCGUGAGCUGCUGCGUCUAUAACUACAUUAUGGAAGACGUACUGCCUAUUUCUAUGUGCCAGAAGAAGCCUAUAAUUGGCACGGUGCCUCUGGAGCGGUGCAGCGACUUUAAGCGUUUUGAAUUGCACGAAUUCUUGUGGAAAGUCGACGCCAUCCACAUCCAGAAAAGUCCCUGGUGCAACAAAUAUCCGCUGAUUGUCAAGAAGCUGAUGCCGAUCAAGGAUUACAGAGUUGGAGUGGUUCAAAACAAAAUGGUUCUGAAGAAUAUUCUGACUUCAUACCAAACGGUAGUGAACUUCAUCAUUCGAACUAUCAGUUCAAUUGAGUGCCAGGCUAUCUUCUUGUUCACUACAUGCGAGACUGCCAGUGUAGCUCUUUCUCGCAUAGAAAUUUACUGCCCAGUAUUUGUGAUGAUGCCACUAGAGGAAACAGACAAUGCAGAAACUAUUACAUGCAAGGUGGAACUGGCACGUGCGCUUCACUUGCGCCGCAACAUGCAUCCGGUUCUGUACACCAAGGACCUCAACGAGUGCAACUACAGUCCGAUUGAGUUUGGAGUGGAUUAUAUGCGAAAGAAGGGCUGCUUGGAGGUUGGGGACUUUGUGGUUACCCUGGAAGUGGCCAAGGAGGACAAGGAGAAUGUGGUCAUCGGCAUAGGCGAGGAUGUCUGCAUAUUGAGAGCAUUCUACGUUUCGCCGCAUUUAGCUUGCGAGAAGUUCAAAUACGGAGGCUAACUUUUCGGCGUGCAGUUGUGCAGAUUAAACAGAUUAUAUACUCUAAAUUAAAUGUAAAACAAGUCAAA